AUGUCGGCUGCUGAUGAACAUGCGUUUAAAUCAAUGAAAACAGAAGAAAAAAAUGAAGAAAACCAACAGAAAGAAGAAGAUGAAGAAGAUAAAAAUCAAGAUCGAUUAUUUCAAUUUUUAAAAGAUUUGCACCAGCAUCGCACCGAUGCUCGCAAAUUGGGUGAAAUUCAAUCAUUAACAAUGUAUGAAAAGAAAAAUGCUGAAACUCCACUUGAUGAUUUACUUAUGAAAGACGAUCCAAAAAACGAAGACGAAGAAUUUUUACUAGGCAAAGUUGGUAAAUAUGAUCGACGAUUUCAACUUGUUAAACGUGCUAUUAAAAAAGCAUCAGCACCAUAA